AUGGGCGGAGCUUGUGGGUACGGAGAUCUCUACUCGGCGGGGUAUGGUAUAAUGACAGCGGCCUUACGCACGGCUCUGGUAAGUUGUUACAAGAAAGGAGGAGUGAGAUUUAGAAUAAACGGAAGAGAUUACUUCGAGCUAGUGAAUAUAUCGAACGUUGGAGGAGCUGGCUCCAUUAAAUCUGUCUCCAUUAAAGGAUCAAAGACUGGUUGGUUAGCCAUGUCUCGUAACUGGGGAGCUAACUGGCAAUCAAACGCUUAUCUCGAUGGGCAAUAUCUCUCUUUCUCCAUUACCACUACCGAUGGUGCUACAAGAGUCUUCCUCAAUGUUGUUCCUUCUUCUUGGUCCUUCGGACAGACUUAUUCUUCCAGGGUUCAGUUUUAA